GAUCUGAGUGUGCGGGUUCUUCUUCUCCUCCAGGCGUCUCAGCCAGGGGCGGGCCAGUGUCAUGCCUCGCCCGGGCAAGAGCUCCUACAGCGACCAGAAGCCCCCUUACUCGUACAUCUCCCUGACGGCCAUGGCCAUCCAGCACUCGGCCGAGAAGAUGCUCCCUCUGAGCGACAUCUAUAAGUUCAUCAUGGAGCGCUUCCCUUACUACCGCGAGCACACGCAGCGCUGGCAGAACUCGCUGCGCCACAACCUCUCCUUCAACGACUGCUUCAUCAAGAUCCCGCGCCGGCCGGACCAGCCGGGCAAAGGCAGCUUCUGGGCGCUGCACCCGGACUGCGGGGAUAUGUUCGAGAACGGCAGCUUCCUCCGGCGCAGGAAGCGCUUCAAGGUGCCGCGGCCGGAGCCCCACAUGCCGGCGCCGCCUCCUCUUCCUCCUCCUCCUACUUCUUUGCAGCCUCCAGGAGUUGCCAAAGGCCACCCGGACUCCAGCAUGGCUGCUGCUGCUGCUGCGGCGGCGGCGGCUGCAGCGGCGGCGGCUGUGGGGAGGCUGCCCCAGUUCCAGCCCUACAGCUCAUCUCCGGGCUUCAAGCACCCCUUCGCCAUCGAGAACCUCAUCGGGCGAGACUACAAGGGCGUGAUCCAGGGCGGCGGGCUGCCCCUGGCCUCGGUCAUGCACCACCUGGGCUACCCAGUGGCCAGCCAGCAGAUCAGCACCAUGGUCAGCUCCGUGUGGCCCCACGUGGGCGUGAUGGAGUCCGGCGGCGGCGGCGGCGGCGGCUUGCCUCUCUCCCCCGCCGAGUACGGACCCUUCGGCGUGCCCAUGAAGGCACUCUGCCACCCGCCCGCGCAGACGCUGCCGGCCAUCCCGGUGCCCAUCAAGCCCACCCCGGCCAUCUCCUCGGCCACCGCCAUUCCUGCCCUGGCCGUGACCCAGGUGGCCCAACAGCUCUGCCCGUCCGCUUCGCCCAGCUCCUCUGCUUCCCUUCUCGAACAGACUCCCACAAACUCUCGGAAGGCAAAAGUUCCUGACAUUCCGCCUCGGCCUAUUCCUCAGAGAGGGGCACCUACAAGAGCGGGGGCGGCAUUGCUUUUCCCUUCGCCUAUUAACGGCAAAAGCCUGGCCACAGCGGAGUGUUUGGGAAGAUCGUUGCUCUGUUCUUAUUCUUAUCCUCGUUGUCAUCUUCAUUCUUUCAAGCUCUGUAUUUUAAUUGUUGUACAAUCAGUUUGUCGAGAGCCAGGUUCAGAACUUCCCAGAAUGUUCCUGACUUUGCGAUGUGGAGUUUCUUAUCGGGAGGCCAAGAGACCAGCAACCUUUUCCAGGCAGGUUUCAAGGUCUUAUCCACCUCACCCCCCAGAACCAUGGGCCAGCCGGUUAAGGCUUGAAAUAAGUCGUGGGACUUGCUUGGAACAGGCAGCAGGGUCCACUGAACACAUCAUCAUCAUCAUCAUCAUCAUCAUCAUCAUCUAA